UUGAGUGUAGUCUGGCGCAGGAGUGUGAAGGUGAACGGAAAGGCUCUGGAGCAACGAACCGCCCUUGCUGUCUCUGCCUGGCCGGUUCCCCUCUUUCCACUGGGAUUACAGGGGCUGAGUCACUGGCUUACUGGGGCUCUUCCAGCCGUCCCUCGGAGGGGUGCAUCACUUGAGUGGGCUCUGAUGGAGGAGAGAGAUGUGGAGACCCUACCAGAGGAGGAGACAGAAGUCACUGCUCUGAUGGAGGAGAGAGAUGUGGAGACCCUACCAGAGGAGGAGACAGAAGUCACUGCUCUGAUGGAGGAGAGAGAUGUGGAGACCCUACCAGAGGAGAAGGAGACAGAAGUCACUGCUCUGAUGGAGGAGAGAGAUGUGGAGACCCUACCAGAGGAGAAGGAGACAGAAGUCACUGCUCUGAUGGAGGAGAGAGAUGUGGAGACCCUACCAGAGGAGGAGGAGACAGAAGUCACUGCUCUGAUGGAGGAGAGAGAUGUGGAGACCCUACCAGAGGAGGAGACAGAAGUCACUGCUCUGAUGGAGGAGAGAGAUGUGGAGACCCUACCAGAGGAGGAGGAGACAGUAAUGCUGCUAUUUGCUGCCUGUGGGAAGAGCUGCUCAGAGAGAAUCAGGAGGGUCCUUUCACUGGAGAGAGAGAGAGCGAGACCAGCUGGAGACAGACAUACAGGAACUUAACUGAAUAUAAUUCAUGUUUUAUAAAUGUAUAAUAAUUGAAUAUGCAGAAAAUAGGAUCAACAGAUUAAACUGCACACUGCC